AUGCCUUACCAGGAACAGACCAUGCACAACCUGGGGUAUGUGAAGAAAACUGGUUAAUAUUGCCUCGGCUCUUUCACAAUUCCUCUUUCCUCAUGUCCUCUUUCCUCACCUCCUUCUCAAAAUACAUUGGAGGAGUUGGCUAGAGGGGAGGGACAUUGGAUGUUCUCGUCCAAUGCGGUUUGAGAAGGAUGCGAGGAGAGAGGAUGCAAGGAAUCAAGGAAAAAACAGAAUUUAGAAAGAGCCCUGGUCUCAGAUGUGCUCAUUCUAUGUGUCAGUUAUAUUGGUAGUGAGAUAGGACAGAGCAUUAUGGGUACUGUAGUGCAUUAUGCUACAACAGAGACUUUGUUCAUACCUGUUUUGUAACUCUAAUGCGGGGGGGGGGGGGGGUAGAAGGAUUACUUUAUCCUAUCCCAGGUAUUCCUUAAAGAGGUGGGGUUUCAAAUGUCUCCGGAAGGUGGUGAGUGACUCCGCUGUCCUGGCGUCGUGAGGGAGCUUGUUCCACAAUUGGAGUGCCAGAGCAGCGAACAGUUUUGACAAUACUUUAUAAUAUUAGACACACAGGACCAACACAAUUUCCACCCAAUGGCAUUGAGAGCAUCGUGCCCUCUGACCCCUCAGGUAGUUGAGGCCUGUAACAGGGAGGUGGGGAGAGAUGAUGGAGGAAAUUGUGCACAAGACUGAGUUUGAACGCAAGGUAAUAAAAAUACAAAAUAUGAUUUUUUUUUCAAUUAAGUAACAUUAAAUAGCCACGAUAAAUCAGUAGAGAUCAGAGAAUGAGAUUUGAUUUUGUCCAGAACUCUUAAUCAAACAUUUACAUUUUAGUCAUUUAGCAGACGCUCUUAUCCAGAGCGACUUACAGUUAGUGAGUGCAUACAUUAUUUUUUAAAUUUUUUCACACUGGCCCCCCGUGGGAAUCGAACCCACAACCCUGGCGUUGCAAACGCCAUGCUCUACCAACUGAGCUACAUCCCUGCCGGCCAUUCCCUCCCCUACUCUGGACGACGCUGGGCCAACUGUGCGCCGCCCCGUGGGUCUCCCGGUCGCGGCCGGCUACGACAGAGCUUUCUGAGAAAGAGAAACAUCUUUGGUCACUGGAAUCUCCGUCACAUCUACUUUUUCCUCUUCAAUGACCUACUGCUGGUGACCACUAGGAAAGGGUCUGUGGGGAUGUAUCAUUUUACACUUACUAGACACUCCAAGUAUAGUUGUCUCCAUUUCGGCCUCAAGUUACAAUACACUGACUGUUGUGAUGUUGGUGUGCCUGAUGUAAACAUUCUAUUGGAUCUUAGCAUGGAUCGGUUUGUGGUGCGGGAUCAUGUCCACCGUUCUCUGGUAGAGGUGAGUGAAGGACUGGAGGAGAAGGAGGAUUUGGUGUGUGCUUCAUGGGAGACGAUGUUCUGCCUAGCUCUGCUGAAGACCCACAGGGGAAGAACUUCUCAGUUCCUGCUGCAGGCCUCCUCA